AUGCAGCGGGUCCUCAGGCUGGAGCCGCAGCAGCCGGUGGAGUCUAUGGAUCUUAUUCUUAACUAUGACAUCGUUGCCGAGUGCACCCGUCAGAUGAUGGCUCCUCUACAUCACCUCAUCCGGCAGGCCUCUACAAAGCCGUUGGAUUUGAGAGAGCAGAUUCUUUGUGUGGAGCUUUCUGCCCUUUACGCAACUUUGGCGCGGCAAAUUCCUUAUAUCAAAUUUUCGGAGGAGAGAGAAGUUCAAGAUUGGGCUGUGGAGGAAACUUUCAAACGGCUCUUUCCCAUUUCUUCAGUGAAGGUUUUCGUCUCCAUGUUAAUUAUGGACUUGGCCGUCGACGCAGGCAGCGCACACGGAAGCUAUGUCUCCCAUUUGCUCUCCCGGCUGGCUAUGGAACGCGAACGAAUGCGCGUGGAUUGCAUUGACAUUUUGUCGGCCCUGAUGCAGCACUGCCCCGAGUCUCUCAGCUUCGAAGCAGCCCGCGUGUUUCUUCACUAUCCUAUUCGCCCUUCCGUGAUGUAUGAGCUUCUGGACUUGACGAAUACGCAGUACUUCAGCAGGACCCUCGAGCUGCUGCUGUCCUCCCACUCCCAAGUCGCCGAAAGGGUUUUGCGAAUUGGCUCAGUGCUUUGGUACAACGCCCUAAGACACCAAGACGAUCAGCCUGAACGCGCAGUGGCUGUUGCCACAAGCCGCCGCUUUUACAUUGUCGAGCGACCGAAAGGAAUCCGGGACCCGCUAAACCCUGAAAUAGAGUUUGUUUUCGAAAAGGGUUUUGGAAUUCGAAUUUUCGAAAUGAGAGAAUACAAAGACAUGACGCGAAUUGUUAAGGGUUUUACUGGAGACGAGUGGAUUUCCGUGGGCUGGAUCUACAAGAAAGAAGGACAAGGAGCUGAAAAAGAAACAAUGGACUGUUUUAUUUUCGAAGUGCUGCAUCAGGCGGAAGACUUCAUGAAGUGCUUGAGGGCCUGCUCAGGGGUUUGCGACGAAGAACGCGUGGACUUGCUGCGGGACGUGGUGUCUGCGGAGUGUUUGCUGCAGCACUUGAAGCUGCAGCUAAUUAGCUGCGAGUGUUUUGCAAUUCGCCGCCAAGUUGGCUUUCUAGGGUUUAGGACACAAGAAGAUGAAGCUCCAGUGGACCGCCUGGGCCUGUACAUUCUAACCGCCAUGUACCUGUACGAGUUUUUCCUUGACUGGCAGUAUUGGUUUGCCUUUGAUCCCACCAGCGCCGAGGAGAAGUGGGGAGUGCAGCUGCUGUGUCUGGAGGACGAGUCCUCGGCAGCAAAUUGGGGUGUACGUACACCUGAACUGGACAACUUCCUGGGCUGGAUGGACCCCCAAGUAGCAGCAGCAGAAGCAAAUUUGCUGCUGAGCAGCAGCAGCAACGCAGAUGAAGCAGACGCUGCUGCUGCUGCUGCUGCUGCAGCAGCAGCAGCAGCAGCAGCAGCGGCGGAGGUGCAGCGCAGCCGCGCAGCAGCGGUGCAGCAGAUUGAAUUUGGGGGCGGCGAGAGCUGCUGGGUGACGCUGACGUGGCGGCGGCCAAAAGUGGAAAAAAGCAAGCAGCAGCAGCAGCAGCAGCAGCAGCAGCAGCAGCAGCAGCAGCGAAAAGGGGAGGCCCCCGAAGCCCCCGUGAUGCAGCUGCUGCUGUUUGGAGACAGCAGCAGAGAACGCUUCAGGAGGGCCCUUGCUGCAGCUCUCAACAGGACAGAAGAAAGCAUGUAA